UGUAGCCUCACAGUAUAUUCAUUCCAACAGGUCGGUUACAAAACCAUAUGUAUCAUUAUACAAGAAUCUUGCAAAGCAAUGGUAUGUCAUCCAUCUAGUAUCUUAAUCGUUACUAUUUACUUCGCUUUGAUAGUAUUAGUAAAUUAUUUCAUUGCGAUCGUUACGUUAAGAAUACUGGCCAUUUCAAAAUACGAAAUAAAUGAUUCAUCCAAAUUUAUUGAUCCGCCGAAAAAUGUUUUAUUUCUAUUAUUUACUUUCAUUGGUUGUUCUUGUUGGAUAAUAGCCGUAAUUUACAAUAUUCAGCGAGUGACGUUGUAUGGCAUUUUUAGUACGUGGUAUCAAACUGCAGAUAAAACCAAAAUUAGUUGUACCAUUUCUAUCAAAAUGAUGUACACAAUUUUCAGAUAUCACUUUGGAACUUUAACUUUUGGUUCUACUAUUUUUACGAUAAUUCCGAUAAUACGCAUCAUAUUUAAUAGUCGGACUGAUUUGUACAGAAAGUUUAAAGCAAAUAAAAAUACCAUCUUCUGUUAUUUGGUCAUACUUGUUAACGCGACUUCGAAUACUUUCGUAACUUGUGUGAGCCAUGGCACUGGCUAUUACCACUCAAUGCAAGACUCAUUUAAAUUACUCAUGCAACAUCCACUGAAGUUUGUCACUAUUCGUAUUAUCACUGAAUUGUUGAUAUUUUUUGGAGCUGUUCUGAUUCCUGGUUUGACGCUUUUUUUUGCAUACCAGUACAUCCUCCCGGAUACGGAUACGGAUGGCAUUACAAUAAUUGUAAUUGCAACUGUUUUAUUUUCAAUAACAUUCAUUUUUCUUCAAAGUUUUCAUGCUGCAACAACUGCAGUUUUGCAUUGUUUUUUAGAAGAUCUGAACUUCAAAACAAAUGAAAGUGAUUGCAAUGAAAAUAUUAGUGUUGUCAAUGACGACGCUUGA